AUGCUGUUAAACCCAGAAGCUCAGCGCCGCAUGGUGGCUGCCGGCACGUCCAACCCGUUGCACGUCUGGGGCCAGGAAAUGGCGUUCUUCAAGUCGCACUUUUUCAGUCCGCAGCGUCACCGGUCCAGCGGCGCCGUAAAGAGGCAGGGGGACGAGUCGGCCGGGGCGACAGAGAUGCCGAAGGGACCCACGCGUGCGGGGGAUGACUUGUGGCCGCCGAGGUCUGCGGAGGCCCCGGAUGGCCAGUCUGUGGCUGAGGCUGCAGCAACGGCAAGUGAGGGUACUCUGCACACCUUUGGUGGAGAGGCGCCAUUCUCAUCUCGGGCAUGCAGAGGCGCUGAUGAGAGUGACGACGACCCGCACGGCAAGCCGCAGUGCGGCAAAGGUGCGCCAGGCAGCGGUGCGGGCGGCGGCAAGGGCGAGCGGCUACUGCCCACCCCCUAUGCCUCUGAGCCCGUGAUGCAGCCGGGGGGCGCGAAGACGGACACGUGGGCUUCGCUCGCCGUCUUGCGCAUGCGCAACAUGAAUGCCUUGCGCGCCUAUUCGUGGGAUCAGCGCGUUUUUCUGCCACAAAGUGAGGGCUUGGCGGGUGCGGUUUUUGAGCUGCUCGCCUCGCCCCGCAUCUGGGAGAAGGUGGACUGGGCGGUUCGCGGGUCGGCCAUCGCGAUCCUGCCAACGCUAAUUGUCUGUCUGGAGCCGACCACGAGUCACAUCUUUCCCAUGCCCACCUCCGUGGUGUUCCUUGCCUACUGGACGACGCAGCCGACGUUCGGUGCCGGGCUGCGCGAUACCUUCACUGUGCUGAAGGCCUUUAUCAUUUCACUUGCCUUGUUGUGCAUUGUCGUCGCGACCCAGCCAAGCCCGAAGUGGCUGGCCAUCCUGAUCCUCUUCUUUUCCCUUUCCGUCGGCACCUUUGCAGCGCAGCAGCUGAGGGUAAUGAUCGCGUACUGUUUCGCGAGCUUGAUGAUGCAGUACAUCGCGCACCCGGAGGCGACGGGGUACAAGUACAUUGGCGACUUCUACCUCACCUUGUUCAUUGGCCAAGGCUUCGCCGUCGGCGCACUUGUCUUCCCGUACAUCCGGUGGUCUAGUGAGAACGCGCGACGAUACUUGAUCGUGAUGGGUGACGCCAUAAGUCUCUCGCUGCACGGUGCGUGCUGCAGCCUCUGGGUGGAGGGCAGCUUGCUGGAGCGGCAACUGAACAUUGUGCGACUGCGGCAGUUGCGCCAGACGAUCGAGGCCAGCACAGAGAAGGCCCAGAAGGGUCUGUCGGAGAUGGGCUACGAGCCGCAUUCCGGGGUGUACAUUACACAAGUGCAGACCCGUAUGACGUUCCUGAAGAACGUGUUCAACAUUGUGCAGUCAAUGACGCUUGUGAUCGAGCAGGUCGCUGCAAACCCGACGCUGAUCGAGACACCAAUGUGCCGUGCGUUUGGCGAGCGCAUCCGCGGCGAGCUGGGCGUUGCUGCUGCUGCGAUGGACGCGAUGCUGCUCCGCAUCGUGAACCUUGACGACCUUGUGUCUGCUGCCGACAUGGUGGCGUUCCGCGCUGCGAAGGCGCGCUACGAGGACGCUGUGUCGAGCGUACGCGACGAGGUGAUCCUGAGCAACGAGGACUACCGCACGGACAACAGCGAUAUCCUUCUCGGGUUUUUUCUCUUUAGUGUGGAGGAGCUGAUGGAGUUCAUCAGCGGCUUCCAGGACGCCGCACAGAGCCGCAACAACCUGUGGUACUUUCUCACGUUUCCUCUGCGCGACCUGCAGAGCUUGUGGUCCGCGUUUGUGGAGCUGCACAGCGCCGUCACGCGCCGCCACUCCAUCACGCGUAGGCUGAAAGAGGGCAUCAAGUUAAGUUUUUCCGUGGCACUGGCCGCGUUCUUCCAAACGUACGUGCUGAAUAACUCUUCCACGAACCCUAUCAUCGGCGUGGAAACGAUCGCGUUCCUCUAUCGUUCUACUGGAGGUGACAGCUUUAAGUAUGGGCAGGGGCGUCUGCUGGGUACCGUGCUCGGGUGUCUUACCGGACUCGUCGGGGUGCAUCUCGCCAACGGAAGCCGUCCUGUACUGUACGUGUGCACGCUGGUGCUGACAUUCAUCGGCUCCUACGUGCAGAGCUCGCCCGACUACGGCCCCAUCGGUACCGGUAUGUCGACUGGUGUGAUUUCGGUGGUGCUGCAGUACACAAACAAGGACGGUGCGAUUGUGCGUAUUCAGCAGAACUGCUUCGCGGUCAUCAUCUACUUCAUCGUCACGUCCCUGAUGUGGCCGGUGCGGUGCCAGACGAAGGUGAGGACGGGGUUUGACGGAUCGAUGCGUAUGGGGCGCGAGGUCACGGAUCGGCUGCUGCGCAAUCUGGACCUCCCGCACAGCGCCAAGGCCGUCAGCUCAGAUACGAUGGCACUGCUGGAGGAGAUGCAGAAGAAGGUGGAGCAGCAGCUGCAGAACCUGUCCGGAGCUCGGUGGGAGCCGACAAUGGACUCUGCUGAGUUUCCGGAGAUGGCGUGGCGCAUGCUUGUGUCCGCACAACGCAAGCUGGUCGUGACACUGCUGAUGAUGCGCCACGCAUACACCACGUUCAUGUCGAGCACAAUUGCGGAGGAGCCUGCCGGCUCCCCGGGCAAGAAUGGCGGCGCGAGUGGCGGUGCCGCCGCUGCUUCGACCAACAUCUCUGUGCACUGGGUGGUGCUGCACCGGAUCUCGCCGUAUACACGGCAGCUGAGCCUACUACUGUACGAGGCGAUGGAGGUGUACCUGCUGCUGAUGUCGAGGGUGACGUUUGUGCCGACGCUGGAGCUGACGCGUCUGCGGCUUGGGAUGAUGCAGUGCUACGAUCGCAUCGUCGCCGUGUAUAUUGAGGCGAUUCAGCAUGAGCUGCGUUACAGCGAUGGAGACGACUUUGAUGACGACGACGACGACAACACGACCGGCACUGCAGCAAAGCAGUCCGGGGCAGUGAGGCAGGCGGCGGCGGCAACAGCAGGGGCGCCUAUACCCGUCUUCACUCCUUCUGGCCUGAUAGUGGAUGCCGAAGCGCAGGAGAACAACAGCUUCCUCGAGAGUACCACGGCUGCGAGGAGCCACUCCGACCUCCGUGCUCGCCGCCCCCGGCGCAAGCUCUCCCAGUCGACGAACUCGCAGCAGCAGAAGAAGAGCGGUAGCAGAGGUGGCCGCAUCUCGUACAAGCUAACUCUGGCGGAGCGGCAGCGUUUGCGGGACUACGUGCUGGGGGAGCAUACAGCCGGCAACUUGAAUGCAUCCUUCUUCGCAAGUGCCGUAUCCAUGUCGGCGGGUCGAGAGGCCGACGGGGUGUCCGCGGCGCUGAGGAACAUGGAUCCCGGCGCGAACUUUGCAAACAACAGCAUGUUCAAUAUGAACGGCACCUUCUUCGACCGCAACGCGAGCAUGUUCGAUCCUGUGCUGCUGCGCAACGCCGGGAUUGUGGUGCAUGAGCCGGUGCAUGAGGAGCCGAUGAGGGAGCAGGGUGAAGGCUCGACGUCUGACGGUCUCUCGACGCACCCCGCGAUGCGGCGCUCAUCUUGCCGGCCGGACCUUCACAGCCUGCACUCCUCUAACGUGGAGGCGGGCGGCACCGUUGUCAUUGACGUGCCGAGCACCGUAACCGCUGCCGUGACGCCGCCGGUGAUUCCGGUAGGCUUCAACCGCUCGCUGAUGGGCGAGAGGCCUCUUGGAGCUGCAGUGUCUGCGCUACCUUCUCUCCGGCACAGUUUCAGUUCUGCUGUGUCGCCGGACCAUGAUGGGCAGGGGCAGCAGCAGCGACACCAGCUCUCUAGGUCGGCCCUGUUACCGUCGCUACCAAGCGCGCCGCCGGUGGCUGCCGCUCCCGCUACCUCAAAGGCAAGGAAGGUUGCUCGUCGGCCGUCAGUGUUGCAGCACUACAUCGUUGGCCCCACGAGUGCUGCAGUAGUGGCCAGGUCGCCGAGUGUGCUCCGCGCUGCGGCCAACGCGCAGAGUGUCGGCGACUCGGGGCCCCUCGGCAGCAAUGCUGGUGGGGAGGCGGCAGAUCAACCGGCGCCAAGUCAUGGCGCCCUGCUGAGCAACAACAGCAUGUUUAUGGGGACUGUGACAGGCGACUCUCGAGUCACGAGUGGUGACGUCUUUGCUCUGGGCAGGGCGGCACGCGCGACUUUACGGCCGGGUCUCGGUUUGAUGGGAGCCCCGCGCGGUGCGGAUCGGCACCAUGAUGCUGGCGACAGCGCCUCUCACGACGCUGCCACAAGCGAGCUCAGUGUUGCCCACACGGCGGUACCCGCGCGCGACUCAGAGGGGAGUUGCUCGCAACAUGAAGGUGGUACAGCGACGGAAGCCUCGCCUCACAGGGCGCGCAAAGUUACACUGUCGCCACCGACGGGCAUUACAACCGUCAUGCUGCGUGACGACGGUGCGGCUUCCACUGCGACAGUGCCGCGUGGGGAAGGGGUGCAGGGCGAGCGCAAUACGGCAUUGGUGAGCUCGCUGAAGUGUUUGUUCAGUGGGGCGCCGGGAAAGGCUGCGGCCACCGACAACGGAGGCAGCGCUGAGACAGCUGAGGGUCACGUGCGCGCAGAGGAGCGACGUGGCACGCUGCUGUCUGAUACAGGGGAUGGUGAGGAUGACUGGGAGGGGGGUCGCGAGACUCUUGGGACGGCCUUGAGCGGCCGGAGCAACCAUCUAGGUAGCGCGGCAGCCACACGCGCUUACUACACGCCCUUCUCACAGCUCUCUGCCACCCUACCCAUACCGACCCCUGCGGCUGCUGGGGGUGAUGCGACGACCGACGAGCGCGCCGCCGGUGGCGGAACAAGUCCGCUCCCGAGCAACCUGGACAUCAAUGGGAGCUUUAACGGGGUUGGACCUGUCGUCCCGGCGGCGUUGCGCGCCUACGUGGAGGGGCUCGCGGCCCAUCAGCAACAGCAGGCGCCGCUGCCACCAGCGCUGCUCGGCAACACGUCCUACAUUAACCUCUCGAACAAUCUGCCGGUGAUAAGCCAACGGCCACUCAGCGGCCUCGGCGGCACUACGGCCGACUCAGAGGACAGCGUGCGCGCUGGGGCAGCAGUUUCUCCGCUUCCUGUUGCCGCGAGAUCCGCGUUGUCUCGAGGCGGCGCACGUGCUACCUCAAUAUCUGUCGUCGCUGGUGUGGCGCCGCUACCUGCGGCUGCUGGCACUUCGAGUCCAGAAGACCUCUGCCUGCGCAGUUUCGGCCUCAGCAACAACACAGAAGGCAUCGUUAACUUGCUCCGCAGCUUUGGUGGCACGCAAAGCUUCAGCCCUGCACUGCUACGUCUGCUGCGGCCAGAUGGUGAGGCGGGUAGCGAGGGCACUGAGGACGAGUAUGUGCUGACGAACAGCGAUAUUCACAGUUUAGAGGCAUUCCUGUUCGGCAUGCGCGCACUGAUCACGCAUGUGGAAGAGAUAGAGCGCUACUUGCUGGAGGUGGUGCAUGGGAUGGAGAUGGCUAAGAAGCUCUGA